UCUCCGAGGCCCCCAUAGUCUUCCUCGAGAGAAAGACGGAGACACCGCAGCCCUUCAGCCUUUCUAUAAGUAGGGCCCCCGAAAGGCCCUUCUUGAGGCCUUUCCAGGGGGCCCCCCAGGGGCCCCCCAAAGGGGCCCCCUCUGAGAGGUGGGUGGAAGAAAGAAGAAGAGAAGUGGCGACACAAUAUGAAACAGCAGGUGGGCAGCAACAACAGCAGCAGCAGCAACAGCAGCAGCAGCAGCAGCAGCAGCCUCUAGCCCCCGAAACGGUGUCUUGGGCUGAAGGGGCAGGGAGUGUCUCCGGUGGAGACAUUGAGGCUCAUGAGGCCCUUAUUGUCUACUCUGCUGGUGCAAGACAGGUAGAUAUUAGCAUGCUAAGAGAUAUACCUCUGUAUGAGUUGGGGGGUUCUUCUGCUCUGCUGCUCCGGCCCCACCCAGGCGAAGAACAUCUUUUUAGGGUGAAGGAAGCAGCGCGGAGUCUCCAAACAAAGGAGACACUUCUGUCUCUCAGUCGAGGGCAUGUGCUGCUGCUCAAAGAGGACGUUGGUUUGCUGCUGUCUCCUGAAGGCUCAGUGUUGGCAGCAUGGGAGCUGCCCGAUCCCUUUACAGGGGGACGUUCAAGGGGACUGUCUCUGCAGCAGCUUCAGCACAGGUAUAAACAAGAAGCAGCAGCUGCUGCUGGCUCUUCUCUCCUUAAUGUGUCUCCUCAAGGCAGACACGAAGAGACAGCAGAGGUGCAGGGACAGCAGCAGGAGGCCCUGUCUCCUUCUGUCCCCUCCACCCACAAUAAUAGCCGCCCCCCACCCUCAACCCCCUUUGAAUAUGCUCUAUUAGAUAUAGGGGAGCCCCUACUGAGUGGCUUCCCAGAAGAGGGCCCCACAGACACACCAAGCAGGGGGGGGCCCCCUUACGCACUUGGGGGGCCCCCCUCCGCCCUUGGGGGGCCCCCCUAUGCCCUUGGAGGGCGCGCUUACCCCCUAGGGGGGGCCUCCUAUGCCAUAGGGCCCCCCCACAAAGGGACAGGGGCCCCCUCUUUCUUUAAUGCAGGUGGGCCUUUAGCGGUGAGGCCUGCGGGCGUUCAGAAUGGUUUGGGGCGCCUAGCUGAGGAGACACCGCAGCACGUACACCGCAACCUGCAGCAGCCUGCAGCAGCUGCAGCAGCUGCAGCAGCUGCAGCAGGGCCCCGUUCUUAA